AUGGGUGUUCGGAAGCUCCAUGAUGACCACAAGCACGGUGGCAUUGGUCACCACCAUCACCAUCAUCACGACAAUGCCUACCUCACCUCCAGGAAUAAAGGCGAUGCCGGCGUACGCAUAACGAGAAUAGGGCUUUAUUCCAAUCUUGCCAUGGCAAUUGCCAAGGGCAUCGGCGGCUACGUGUUCCAUUCCCAUGCCAUGAUUGCAGACGCUUGGCACAGCGUCACCGAUCUCGCCUCCGACGUCCUAACCCUCGCAACCGUUUCCUGGAGCUCGAGAGACCCUACGACGAGAUUCCCCUCCGGCUACGGCAAGGUGGAGAGCUUGGGCUCUUUGGGUGUGUCGGGAAUGCUGCUCGCAGGCGGUCUUAUGAUGGGUUGGAGUAGCACUCUCGCUCUUAUCGCGCAACUCGGCAUAGAUCCCGCGGUCGUUGGGGACCUUAUCCAUCACGGUCACAGCCACGGCCAUUCGCACGGCGGUAUUCCGAGCAUGCAUGCGGCAUGGCUAGCCGCUGGCACCAUUCUCCUCAAGGAGUGGCUGUACCGAGCUACCAUGAAGGUCGCCAUCGAACGCCAUUCCUCGGUUCUCGCAUCGAAUGCCAUCCACCACCGUGUCGAUAGCUGGACGGGUGUCGUCACACUCCUUGCCGUCGUCCUAGCAAAUUUCGUCGAGAACGCCGCUUGGCUUGAUCCUGUCGGAGGACUGUUAAUUUCGAUGCUCGUUGUGAAGGCCGGCGCCGAGAACACCAUCUCCGCUAUCCGCGAACUCAUCGACCGGGGUCUCGACGACGAGAUCAAGACAUCAGUCAAGUUCCAAGUCAACAAAGCACUUGGCUCCAUAACCGAGGGCCACGAAGUCGAGCUUCGUCUCAUUUCCGGCACCAAAUCGGGCCAAAACUUCCUGAUCGAUCUGGAGCUCGCCGUUCCCGGAACAUGGACCGUCGAGGACGUCCGAGAGAUUGAGAGCGGCGUGCGUGAGCAAAUCGGGUCCCAUAUUCGUGGUGCAAAGAGGGUACGAGUUCGAUUCGUGUCCCGUGACGCGCCCCCUCCCCGAGAAUUUGACGAGUUCGUUUCGGGCGAGGUGAGUCCGGAGGUUGUUGAGUCCGACGCAGCCGAAGAGGAGGAGGCCGAAGCUCACGAGCACGACCAUGAGGGCCAUUCCCACUCACAUUCUAAUGGCCAUAGCAAUGGCCAUGCGAAUGGAAAUGGUAAUAGUAAUGGGCAGCCUCGGAAACGUCAUUGA